ACACUCAGAUGCCUCCAUCGUCCAACAAGAAAAGAACAGAGUCUAACUGGCAACUCGCCGUAUAUAUUAGCAGGUAUUCCAUCAACCCAUCAUCGUCCUCAUCUUCCAAGUUCGCAUAUCUCAGAUUGUAGCAUUCAACCAAUGGCGGGGAAGGGUGUACAGCGUAUUGCUUCUCUUCUUCUGGUCCUCAACUUCUGCAUGUAUGCCAUAGUGGCAGCAAUAUCAGGUUGGGCCCUCGACGUCGCCAUGGAUCGAGGGUUCACUAUAGGACCAGGACUUGCACUCCCGGCUCACUUCUCGCCGGUGUUCUUUCCGAUUGGGAAUGCGGCCACCGGCUUCCUUGUGAUAUUUGCACUGGUAGCUGGAGUUGUUGGAGCCGCUGCGGCCAUUGCCGGAAUCCACCACAUCCGCACCUGGAACUCUCAAAGCUUGCCGUCCGCAGCAUCUUCUGGUAUGGUAGCGUGGGCUCUUACUCUGCUUGCAAUGGGUUUGGCCUGCAAAGAGAUUGAAUUGGAGGGAAGGAAUGCGCGCCUGAGAACUAUAGAGGCUUUCUUGAUCAUUCUUUCAGCAACGCAGCUCGUAUACAUUCUUGCCAUACAUGGAGCAUCACCUACAAGGACAAGGAGCUGAAAGCUGAAACUGUUUGGACUGAAUUUUUCUUGAUCAUCAUUUUUUAUUGAGUUCCCCAAACCUCCUUUAUGCAUUCCAAGUGAGGUCAAAGGUUAUUGAUUUGUGCGGUGCGAUUAAGCUUGAAUACUCAAGGCUUAGGCUUGAUGUUGUUGGAGUGAUUUUAGUAUGGAUGUUUCCUAGUAAAUUUGCAGAAGAUAUAUCUUUAUUUUUAUGUUCGACGGAUACGGUAUUACCUCGAACUUAUUGAGUUAUUUUUUGUGUGA